AUAACUCAUCUGUUCGCUCCUACUCCCAGCGCUCACAAACCCACCCCUACCAAAAUCCCACCAAAUCGAAAGAUCCAAAACCCCACCCCCCCAAACCCUAACCCUACUCCUCCUCCUCCUCCUCCUCCUCCUCCUCUCUCCUCUCUCCCUCCUCCCAUGGCGGAUUGCUGCUGCUGCCGCCGCAGCGACGGGGGCGGCCGCACAGGCACCGCCGCCGCCGCCGCGGGCCGCCGCUCCCGCGCGUGCCCGGCGCUCCUCAUCGUCGCCUCCGCCGUGGCCGUCGCCCUGAUCGCGUCCCUCGAGCUCUCCCCCGCCGUCGCCUACAGCUCCCGCGGGUGGCUCCGCGAGUGCGCCAAGUGGGACGCCCCCGCGCGCCGCUUCCUCGUCUCCACCUUCUUCGGCUCCGGCGUCGCCGAGAUCGCCGUCGACGGCGCCGCGGCGCCGGAGGAGAGGGAGGUGGUGGCGGAGCCCGACGUGGCCGGGAACGCGUCGGUGGGGAUCGCGGUGGAUCGGGCGCGGCGGAGGCUCCUCGUCGUCUUCGCCGACGUGCUAGGGCACCGCCACGGCGCCGUCGCCGCCUACGACCUCGAGUCGUGGGCGCGCCUCUUCCUCACGCGGCUCAGCGGGCCAGGCGACGGAGAUGCAUUUGCAGAUGACGUGGCCGUCGACGAAGAAGGCACCGCAUACGUUACCGACGCGAAAGCAAAUAAGAUAUGGAAAGUGGGUGUUGACGGUGAACUCCUCUCGAUUAUAAGAAACGAGGCCUUCGUCCAAAGAAAGGGGUGGUAUCACAACCUCGUCGGGCUCAACGGAAUCGUAUACCACCCCAACGGCUACCUUUUGGUCAUUCACACUUCCGGCGGCCAUCUCUUUAAGGUUAAUCCAAAGACCGAGGAGGUAAGUUUGGUUAAAGUCGAAGGAUCGUUACAAAGAGGGGAUGGUUUGGAAUUGAUCUCUCCGACGAAGCUAGCUAUAGCUGGAACUCCGAGUAGAGUAGCAGAGAGCUCUGAUGAUUGGGAUACCGCAAAGGUUACGGGAAGGUACAUCGGACCCAUGCACCGAAUAGCUACGUCGGCGACAGUGAAGGACGGAAAAGUGUAUCUGAACCAUAUUAUCGGUUACGGGAUCACUAAGAGGACUCACCUCAUUGCCGAGGGGAUUUUCUCACCUUUGGUUGUGAACUGAUUAUGCGGUCGACGUUUGAUGGUUGUUCGAGAUGCAGUAGUUGUAGUUGUAUCAAUUUGAUUGUAUAAUAACUCGAACUCACUGGAUAUUAAAGCACUAUUUUGUGUCUAUGAUGAACGUUUUAUUGCGUAAUGUUUCAAUAGAUGGAAUGAGUCUCUUGUCUC